UGUGGGUGGAGACAGAGCCCUUUUUCCCUGCCCCUGCAGUUCGUCGCGCACUAGUUUUUCCCGAUAACUCUCAACCGACAGCCAGUGUCCGCACAUGCACGCUUGCAUGCGUGUGCGCGUGCGAGUGUGCGAGAGAGAGGAACACAGCAUCAGCCACUACGCUCAGGAUGGCACCCUCGCUGCAUCACCUGCUUCUCUCUGCCCUCUUCUCCAUCUGUGCAGGCCAAGGCUCUGGAUCUCAGACUGUCUUCAUCAUAAACAGCAUACAGCUGAAGAUUCUGCCAGGCACAAAGGUGGAAAGCGGGACCAACGUGACCCUGCAGUGCACAGCUGACGUCAGCCAAGGCGAGGGGCCACCCCUCGCCUUCCAGUUCAGCUUCUACAGGGAUCAGAACCUUGUGUACUCAAAAAAUGUUACCGCCCUACACCUGUCUCAUCUGCUCGUGCCUGCCAGGGCAGCUCAUUCUGGACAGUACCACUGUUCCAUCAAAAUCCUGAACAGAGAAAAAAAGGCUAACUCCAAAACACUUACCGUCUCAGGUCUGCAGACUCCAAUCCUGAACCUGAAGAAACAGAGUGUCACGGAGGGAGAGGAGCUGACUGCCAGGUGCUCUGCUCCCAAUGAGUUUGGGAAUUUUUGCUUCAAUUUUUAUGCAAACUCAACAGAGGUCCAUCAGCAGUGCAGCCAUAACAACUCAGUGCAGGUUCAGCUGAUGCUGGAAGGUGGAGGACUGCAGUACUUGCACUGUAAUGUUCACCUGCUCCAGUUCCGCCAGGAGUCAAACAACAGCAAAACAGAGAUAGUGUCCGUGAGAGAGUUGAACAUUAACCCCAGAAUUGGGGUUUUGCCAACAAGUAGGCUCGUUGAAGGUGACAGGCUGGAAAUUCAGUGUGACGUAGAACAAGUCCCAUCAUCUCUCUCUCAAAAACUCCAAGUCUUCCUGAACAAGGGCGCCAUGAUUCUGCACAGCGGACCCAAAUAUGCCUCAUGGAAAACUGAGAAGGCACUGGCAGAGGAUUCUGGGAAUUACACGUGUAAAUCGGAGACAGGCAGUUUGCAGAAGACUAGCUCAGUCACAGUGAACGUGGCAGAGCUGUUUUCCAAACCUGUCUUGACUAUGGAUCCUCCGGAGGUAUUUGAAGGACAGCAAUUCACUCUGACUUGCCGGAGUGCAAACAUUUCCUCUGAAAGAAUAACGGAGACAGACGUAAAAUACAGUAUCUACAAGAACAAUGAACUUCUUUCUGUCUGGAUAAAUACUGCAAAACCCUCUGACAACGGACACUACACCUGUCAGGCUGUGGCCAAAACCAUUCGCAAAAAUAGCUCAGUGAUUGCUCUAAAGGUGAAAGAGCUGGUUUCCAGUCCGCUGAUCAUGGCACGUGGCAUGGUUGUACUGAACAAGCCGUUCACGAUCCUCUGCAGAAGCAAAAAGGGCAGCUUCCCCAUCAAUUACACACUGCUGAAAAGGCAGCGGCCUGUGGGUGUCUACACGGUGCACUCAUCCAGUGAUGAGGCUGUCUUCAAUGUGUCCAUCCGAAGCAAGGAGGAAAUCCAAGAGUUUUCAUGCGAUGCUCAGAACAGUGGGCACCAAUCCAAAAAGCUGGGUCUAGCACUUAAUGGCACAGUAAUAGAACCUAUAUCCAGGCCAGAACUGGAAACCAUUUCUGACCUUGAAGAGGGCAAUGAUCUGAAACUCAAAUGUAGUGUCGAAAAAGGCUCACUCCCCAUCACAUUCACAUGGUAUCGUGACAGGGUGGUGCUGUGGACCCUGCACACAAAGCACAGGGAGGAAGUUUACACAGCGAAGGAUAUCACGAAGGCCAGCACCUACUACUGUGAAGCCGUUAACUCGGCCAAUGAGACCAUGCAAAGCAACCCACAAACUGUCAGAGUAAUGCUUGCAAAGUGGAAGAAGGUCCUGAUCGGCAUCUUUAUUCUGUUAGCAAUCAUUGCCGUUAUUGCUGGGGUCUUCCUGUGCAAAGCUAAGCGAGGAAAAAAGUCGGAAACAGAACUGUCCGUAAAAGCUGCAAAGCCUAAACACGAAUCUGGCUCUGUGACUGUGAGUAUCAGGCCUGGUUCCGGCAGCUACAGCAAAGUCGACAGUGAUGACACAAGGAAAACCGUGUGGAGCGAGAACACAUCAGACUCCAACUCAGAAGAUCAGAGCAGUGAGGAUACUACUGACAAGCCAGAUUUGGAAUAUACUGAACAUGUCCAGUUGGAGCUUAUGGAGACAUCAGGCGCUCUGCCAAGGAAAGGCACGGAUGUGGUGUACAGCGAGGUCCAGAACUCUGCUGAAGGUGCUGUCGACCAUACCGAUGCUCAGGGUUCUGUGGAGUAUGCCCAGCUCAACCAUGCCAAUCUGGAACCCGGUGUGUAAAUUUCUCCUCAGCCAUGGCCGCCUGGAACUCUAGAUAACGUCUCAAGUGUGCCAGUCUGAAAUCUGUGUGGAAACAUUCUCAGCCAUACAUACCAGCCUAGAACAUAUGAUUUUUUCUGUAACCAGUCAGCUUCUCCCAAAUCAUUGUGACUUUUGUUCCUGAUCCAUUUAGAAUAUACUUGUCAUUCAUAUUUAUAAAUUCAGUCUUUGCCAUUGCAGUUUUUAAAAAGGAAAUAAGUUUUUUUAGUAUUACUACUAACCUGUACGGUAUUGACGUUUGGAAGACUGCAUGUAAAUUGCAAAUAAAAAUGAUUACAGGUCAGUUUCAUGAAGGGAAUUAGUCAUGUGGUCUCUCUUACUUGCUGUACAGGCGCAUGGGUUUUCCUGAAAGAGAAGUGGCAUGAGCUUCUUUUGAGGCUGACGUACAGAUGUUAUAAACAUCUACAUUGCAGAUUGCUUUUCAGAUAAAUAAGCUCAACCAAUCUUAUUUUAGUUGGCUAUUGUUAUAACUCUGAAUACUGUAAAUUCUAUUUACAACUUUAUGUUUAAAUAGUUUUAUUUAUAGUUGUGAGAAAACAUUUAUGAACCCUUUGGAAUUAUCUUUCUUUCUGCAAUUAUAGUAACACAGUCUUAUUUUAAAAAAUACAUUUUUACUUUCUCAAAAAGUGCAUUUGUACUUUUUCACAUUGACAUUGAACACCUUAAAUCAGCAUUAGCUGUCUGUGCUGAAAAUACGUAUGUGAACCAUUAGAUUUAGCAGAUAGUGGAACUUCAUUUUGCAGUAGUGGCAUCAAACUAAAUUUUUGUCUGGUUACAGUUACAGGUUAUCUAUAAUUCCCAUCUGUUGGUGAAAUGCAUUUCUGAGUUGUACAUCACUUUAGAGGAAAUUGCAAAAUGCAUAAAUGUAAAUGAAAAUCAAGUCAACAGAGCAGACUGGUCUGCAGGGUGGGAGGCAACAAAUGUAUUUUUCGGUUAUGCACGGAGCAGCACUGUGGACUCUCUCCCACGUAGCAGAUUGCAGACAGUGGAGGACCUCCCUCUGGUGAGGCAGGCUUGUUUGUUCACAUACCUGGUUUGAUGAGGAACGCAACAAUCGGUGUGUUCAGGACUGAGACAGAGCAUUUUUCUCUUUGAUAGGAGUGUUAAUGAUACCAUGGAAAUAAGAACGCACAAUAAAAAAACCUGCCCAGAGUGCCCACUGCCCAUCACUGUGUUGGUGCUCACCUUCAGCUCCUCAAUCCCUUCUUCUCCCCCACAAAUCCAGUGAAAUUCCCUAAUACCCAAUACAUGCAUAAUAAGAAAUAAAACCAUACUUACAAGAAAUUUUACAAAUAAUGUAAAUUGUAUGCCAUUUACUGCCACGCCCACACCGCCAAGCCAACGCGGAACAUCUGGGGUGCGACUCAGACUGGGGUACAGACCAGGAGCUGACGCGGAACCUUGUUCAGCCUUGUUUUUUUGCGGCCUCCUUGCCAUUGCGCUACUCCUUCCUGAUCCUUUAGUCCUUUCCCUAUCCCAUGCCCUUACUCCUCAAUCCUCGUGCCUCAUUUUGAUCAUCGACCACUUGCCUGUUUACCGACCUUGCCUCUUGCAUUGUCCUUGUUACAACGUUCGCGCCUCGAAAACCGAUUGCCUGUCCUGUGACCUCACCUCUUGGAUUUCCCUGAAUAAACCACGACUUUCACUCUGCAUUUG